AUGCCACUGGUGACCAUUGCAGACUCUAAUCCUAUCAAAAUAUGCGUUGUGAUUGUAGGCUUACCUGCAAGAGGUAAAUCCUUCAUUUCACAGAAAAUAGUUCGAUAUUUGUCGUGGUUAUCGAUCCCAACACAAUCCUUCAACAGCUCUGCAAACCUACAAGAAAUUCUGAAAAGUUCAGAUUUAACUUCUUGUAAUCUGUUUGAUCCCAAAAAUGAGGCUACCCUUGAUCAUGGUAUUUUGAAAGAGACUAGAAACAUGACAUUGAAGCAAAUAUUGUCAUGGUUUGCAGAUGCAGGAGAUUGUGCCGUCGCUAUAUAUGAUGGCAUCAACUCAACCAAAAAAGAGAGGGAUCUUAUUAAUGAAACAUUGGAAAAGGAAGGUAUUCAGACGGUUUUUCUAGAAUCAUUCUGCGAUGAUUAUGAGCUCAUUAAGGCUAACAUUACUGAUAUAGAAUCCACCUCACCUGAAUAUUCGAACUCAAAAUCACUUCAGGACACUAUUGAUUCAGUUUCUAACAAAAUUCGUUUUUUCGAGAAAAACUAUGAAACUUUGACAAUAGAGAAAGAUUCGGAUCUCUCAUUCAUUAAAUUAAUCAACUUUUCUUCACAAAUAGUGUUGAAUCAGAUUGACUCAUAUUUGAAAUCACGUAUAGUUUAUUACAUUAUGAACUUACAUGUGAAAAAUAGAUACAUUUGGCUGUCUAGGCAUGGCGAAUCUCAAUAUAACCUGGAAGGAAAAAUUGGCGGUGAUGCAAGUCUAAGUGAACGGGGUGAAAAAUAUGCCUUCAAAUUAGUUGAGCUAGUUAAUAAGUACAUCCCGGACCCGGAAAAAUUGGAAGUUUGGACUUCAACGUUGAAAAGGACACAACAAACUGCGCAGUUUUUGCCUUAUCCUCAGAAACAGUGGAAAGCUUUAGAUGAGCUAGAUGCCGGGUCAUGUGACGGUUUGACCUACGAAGAAAUUGCCGAGAAAUUUCCCGAUGAUUUUAAGGCACGAGAUGAUAAUAAAUUUGAAUAUAGGUAUCCAGGUGGUGAAUCGUAUAGGGAUGUAAUUACCAGAUUAGAACCGAUAAUCAUGGCUUUAGAAAAUCAGGAAAACGUUUUAGUUAUAACACACCAGGCUGUUUUGAGAUGCAUCUAUGCUUAUUUUAUGAAUGUACAUCAGGAAGAAAGCCCUUGGAUGAGCAUUCCUCUUCAUACUUUGAUUAGAUUAGAGAUUAAGGCCUACGGUACACAAGUUACAAGAAUUAAAGCGGACAUACCUGCUGUCUCCACGUAUAAGGAAAAGGGAACAUCUAAGCUGGGAGAGUCUGCAAAUCCUUCUAAUAUUAUGAUAGGUUCAGUCAUCAGCGGAAUUACUGAUAAAGUAAUUGACUAG